AUGGGAAGACCACCUUGUUGUGACAAAUCCAACGUCAAGAGGGGCCUUUGGACUCCCGAGGAGGAUGCAAAAAUACUUGCAUACGUUUCCAACAAUGGGAUUGGGAAUUGGACCUUGGUUCCCCAGAAAGCAGGACUCAAUAGAUGUGGGAAGAGCUGCAGGCUUAGGUGGACUAAUUACCUCAGACCUGACCUCAAGCAUGACGGCUUCACCCCUCAAGAAGAAGACCUCAUAAUAAACCUUCACAAAGCUAUUGGAAGCAGGUGGUCUCAUAUUGCAAAACAGCUACCUGGAAGAACAGAUAAUGAUGUCAAAAACUACUGGAACACCAAGCUGAGGAAGAAGCUUUUCAAGUUGGGAAUUGAUCCAGUUACCCAUAAGCCAUUUUCUCAGAUCCUCUCUGAUUGUCGAGACAUUAGCGGCUUCCAAAACAGCCAAAACCAAAUUGGAUCUCUCAAUAAGAACAUGAAGUACUACGCAUCAGUGCCCACACCAGAACCCUCUUCAGUCCUCACAGUAUUUCCAAAUACCGAUAUGAUCAGGAAUAAGCCUGUGAUGGAGCAAGUCCAAGAUAGCUCCUCUAAUGUAAACAUCCACUCAUGGCACUGUUUGUCUCAGUUUCAAGUCCUUGACCCAGAAAUCAUCCAGCCACAUUUCUUUAAUGAAGCCAUCUCUUCUUGUUCAUCAACAUCUUCUUCUAAUGUCACACAGUUAGGCUCGCCACAAUCGUAUUCUUGCCAACCAUCUCACGCACAAAUCACACCAUCUUCUUCCUUCAAUUGGAGUGAAUUCCUCAGUGAACCUCUUCCCUAUCUUGGCUUUCAGCAACAGCAAGAUCGCCACCUCAAGGGAAUCUUGUCGCCAACCAAUUGCCCUUCAACUCUAGAGCAAACACCCCAGUUAAACCUUGCCACAGGAAAUUAUAGUGGCCUAAAUCGAAUUGGACAUGAGGGUGGUUUUGGGACAUUUGAUUUUGGAUCCACAAGUGUAGGUCAAGCAAACAACAGGUCAGAAGCUUCAUCAUCUGUGAGUUCAUUUGUGGACGCUAUUCUGGAACAGGACAGUGAGCUGCGGGCAGAAUUUCCAGAUAUUUUAGAUGGAUCUUUUGAUUACUAG